GAUUCAUUUCAGUUCCACAAAAGAUGGCGGACCGAACGCCUGGUGGCUCUCAGAAAGCUAGCGCUAAGGCGCUGCUUGAGAGCAAACUGAAGUCUUUCAGCAUUGGCAAGAUGGCAGUGGCAAAGAGAACCCUCAGCAAAAAGGAACAAGAUGAAAUAAAGAAAAAAGAAGAUGAACGAGCGGCAGCUGAAAUUUAUGAGGAGUUUCUUGCUGCUUUUGAAGGAGGAGGGGAGGGAAAAGUCAAAGCUUUUGUCCGUGGUGGCAUUGCAAAUGCAACGAAAGAGGAAGCGGCUGCUGAUGAGAAGAGAGGAAAGUUGUACAAGCCUAAGUCACGUUUUGAGACCCAACCAAAAAGCAUCCUGCCUUUGGAAACCCCGCCACAAUUUUUAGCAUUAGACAAACGGCAUGGCUUAAAGAAGAGCAGUGAAAAGGAAAAGAAGAAGAGUAAUUUGGAGCUCUUCAAAGAAGAACUUAAACAAAUACAGGAAGAGAGAGAUGAAAGACACAAAAUGAAAGGACGUGUUAGUCGCUUCGAACCGCUCUCUGGGACGGAUGGAAGACGCUCCUCGGAUGGUUCUUCACGAAGAAACCGUCCGUCCAGUGUUUUGGAUGACUGUGCACCAGGUUCCCAUGACGUUGGAGAUCCAUCCACUACUAACUUGUACCUUGGAAACAUCAAUCCACAGAUGAACGAAGAGAUGCUGUGCCAAGAGUUUGGCCGGUAUGGCCCGCUGGCAAGUGUGAAAAUCAUGUGGCCGAGGACAGAUGAGGAAAGGGCUCGGGAGAGGAACUGUGGCUUUGUGGCUUUCAUGAACAGGAGGGAUGCAGAGCGAGCACUCAAAAACUUAAAUGGAAAGAUGAUAAUGAACUUUGAGAUGAAAUUAGGAUGGGGAAAAGGUGUGCCCAUUCCACCCCAUCCCAUCUAUAUCCCUCCUUCUAUGAUGGAGCAUACACUCCCCCCGCCUCCCUCUGGCCUCCCAUUCAACGCACAGCCCCGAGAGAGGCUAAAGAACCCCAAUGCUCCUCUGCUUCCUCCACCUAAAAACAAGGAGGAGUUCGACAAGACUCUGUCGCAAGCCAUAGUCAAAGUGGUUAUCCCAACAGAAAGGAAUUUGCUCUCUCUCAUCCAUCGAAUGAUCGAGUUUGUGGUGCGUGAAGGACCAAUGUUUGAAGCCAUGAUCAUGAACAGAGAGAUCAACAAUCCCAUGUACAGGUUUUUAUUUGAGAACCAGAGCCCAGCACAUGUAUACUACCGAUGGAAGCUCUACUCCAUACUGCAGGGUGAAUCACCAGCCAAAUGGCGAACAGAUGACUUUAGGAUGUUUAAAAAUGGCUCUUUGUGGCGCCCACCUCCUCUUAAUCCGUACCUCCAUGGUCCCUACGAUGAUGGUGAGGAGGAGGAAGAUGAAGAGGAGGCCAAUAAGAAAGGCUGCUUAAAAGAAGAGGAGCGGGACAAACUAGAGGAGAUGCUGCGUGGUUUGACUCCCAGGAGGGCAGAUAUUGCAGAGGCCAUGCUGUUCUGUCUCAGCCAUGCUGAAGCUGCUGAAGAAAUUGUGGAGUGUAUCACAGAGUCCCUCUCCAUCCUAAAGACCCCUUUACCCAAGAAGAUUGCACGGUUGUAUCUAGUUUCUGAUGUGCUGUAUAACUCUUCUGCCAAAGUAGCCAAUGCAUCUUACUACAGAAAAUACUUUGAGACAAAACUCUGCCAGAUUUUCGCCGACCUAAACGCAACUUACAAAACAAUACAAGGUCACCUUCAGUGUGAAAACUUCAAGCAACGGGUAAUGUCAUGUUUCCGGGCAUGGGAGGACUGGGCUGUGUACCCUGACCCUUUUCUUAUCAAGCUGCAGAACAUCUUCCUUGGUCUAGUGAACCUCGCUGUGGAGAAGGAGCCUGUAAGCCUUGUUGUGGAGCCUGAGCCAGCAGACGACAUUGAUGGGGCUCCUAUCGGGGAUUAUGUAGAUGGUACUCCACUGGAGGACGUGGAUGGAGUGCCCAUUGACUCAGUUCCCAUUGAUGGGGCACCAAUCGAUGGAGCCCCUCUGGAUGACCUAGAUGGAGUUCCUAUCAAGUCCAUGGAAGAAGACCUAGAUGGAAUACCUUUGGAUCCAUCCAAGGAUGCUCCCUUCAAGGUAGCACCAUCAAAAUGGGAAGCAGUGGAUGAGGCAGAGUUAGAAUCUCAAGCUGUGACAACCUCCAAGUGGGAGAUAUUUGAGCAGCCAGAAGAAACAAAAAAUUUCUCCAUGCAGGUUAAAGUCAUGAAGUUCCAGGAUGAGCUGGAGUCUGGGAAAAGACCUAAGAAGCCUGGUCAGAGUAUUCAGGAGCAGGUGGAACAUUAUAGGGACAAACUACUACAAAAGGAAAAAGAAAAAGAAAAACUGGAGCGGGAAAAAGAGAAGGAAAAGAAAGAGAAGGAAAAAGCUGAGGCACGGUUGAAAGAGUUAAAGAAGGAAAAAGAGAAGGAGGACACACCAACCAGAAAGGAGAGGAAGCGUCGUCACAGUGGAUCACCGAGCCCAACGCGGAGCAGCAGCAGACGAGGCCGGUCGUCCUCACCUCGUUCAGAGCGGUCAGAAAGAUCAGAGCGCUCCGACCGAUCAUACUCUAAAGACACAUCCUCACGUUCUUCUCAUAAAGACUCUCCUCGAUCCAGCAACAGAAAGUCAUCCAAGAGAUCACCGUCAUCACCUCGCACACCCAAACGAUCCAGGAGGUCGCGCUCCAGGACACCCAAGAAAUCAGCUAAGAAAUCCCGCUCCAAAUCUAGAUCUCCACAUCGAUCUCACAAAAAGUCAAAGAAGAGUAAACACUGACAUCUUUUUUUUUUCUUUUCUUCCCCAACUCCUCCCUCCUAUUCUCUGCGCCAUGUGUAUAAAAAUUGACUGAUUUGGCAGCUGAAGAUUUCUGCCCUGAUGUUAAAGUGAGGACAAUGAAGUGUGGAGGGUUUUGCAUGGGUUUCCAUCUGGUGUACCGGAUAGAUGGCGCCACUGCUGUUUUAUAUUGUAAAAAAAUAAAUAAUGUGCUUGUGUUUCCUGAUUCCCCAUCACCUCCAAAUGGAAUUCAUCCAUGUGGUAGACCACACCUGUAAAGAGUGUGACGACAAUAGUCUUAUUCAUGCUGUCAUUUUCUGUUUUUGUAGUUCACAUUAAAAAUAAUUCCUAAUAAA